CACUAGUGCGGGAAAGCCAAGUUGAGAGUUGAUUAGUGACGAGAAGUUUGUACCACACUACAGCUCGUAGCCUCAGCUGCAGGAAGAGAAGCCUUACUAAAUAUACUCUUCGCGUCACUAAAUAUUAAAAGAUGGUCUUGUGUUGAAUUGUGGAGAUUUUGAGGCAGGUGUAUGAUAAUGGCCUUGCAUGCUCUACCUCAAGACACAGUUCGGCUCAUUAAGAGUACACAAGUCAUUACUACGCCAGUUUCUAUUGUUAAAGAACUUGUGGAAAAUUCAAUUGAUGCUGAAGCUACUAUAGUUUCUAUUAAAUUGGAAGACUGUGGAUUUUCUCGUCUUGAAGUUCGAGACAAUGGAAUUGGCAUUAAUGAAGAAGAUAUGGAGUUUGUUGCAAAGCCACAUUUUACAUCUAAAAUUUCAUCCUUUUCUGAUUUGGCAUCUCUAACUUCCUAUGGCUUUCGUGGGGAAGCUUUGGCAUCAUUGUGUACUGUAGCAGAAAUCAUUAUUACUACCAAAACCAAGGAGGAUCCAAUGGGACAUGUGUAUUCAUUUGACCAAGAAGGAAAUGUAAUUGGAAAGCGGCCUGCAGCAACACCUUGUGGAACAACAAUUGUAGUCAGCAAGCUGUUCAAGAAUGUCCCAGUACGGAAGCAAUUUUUCAAUAACCCAAAACGGCGCAGGGAAGAGUUUAAAAAAGUGGAGGAUCUUGUAUUGGCUCUGUCUCUAGCUGUUCCCAAUGCACAUCUAACAUUAUUUCAUGACAAGUCCAGUAUUAUCCAGAAGAAUCCAGCACCAGAUAUUCGUACAGCCCUCAUGACUGUAUUCCCAGCUGUGUUUAAAGAUUUUGUUUCAAAAGUUAAAACAAUUCAAGAUAUGAAGUUAGAAGUGCAUCUUCCAGACCCCAGGUGUCUCCCCAACCAGAACUUAAGCCGAACGACAGCUGACCGUCUUUUCAUAAUGGUCAACCAGCGACCUGUUAACCACAAGUCAUUUGAAAAGAUGGUAAAAGCUUAUUACAGCCACAAAAUGGAAGGGUGUCAUGGGCGUUAUCCCUUUGGUGUUGUUGUCCUGACUGUCCCGCCAGAUGCACUUGACGUCAACUUAGAGCCUAACAAGACUAGGAUUCUGCUGAAAGAUGAGGAUGUGGUUCUUGAGUCGCUGAAGGUAAUGCUAACAGAACUGUAUGGUCCUCUAGAUAAUACUCAAACAUCUGCCAGGAAGAAAGGUGGUGCUCCUUGCUCUGAAGUUAACACAGACAUUACUUGCACCUUCUCUUGUAUUACACAGCCUCUGAAAGAGACAAAUUCAGAAAUACUUAGAAAGAAUAAUCGGCUUCAAGAUGGCUUUGAUUCUUCUCGUCUGGGAGAGGGUAAUCUGCUGAGUGAGAAAGAUGCAGAAGAUCCAUUUGAACAGUGUGAUUUAAGUAAUAUCAUGACUACAAAAAAGACUCAAACUGAUAGAAAAAACAGCAUAAAUAAUAAAAACUGUAGCAACAUUAAGGUAGUUGGAAGCUCUGCCAUGCUUAGGAGGCAAACGGCAGGAACUUUCGAUCCUCGGUCACAAGAGUUGCAUGCUGUAAAUGGAGUUAAAGAAAGCUGUAGUUCUGCAGAUCAAGUAGUGGUUGACAGAAUGAAUUGUCUUGCCAGUGAGCAUAGCAACAAAGAAAAUAUUACUAAUAUUGACCCAAAAUUUUUCUCGAGCACUCCAAACAACGAAACUCAGGGAAUUUGUCCUUCUAUAUCGGAAAGUAGCAUUACCCGUGUUGGAAGCUUGAGAAGUCAAAUUGAAGAAUCUGAAAAUGAUCUUAGCUUGUCUUGUUCUAAGGAUACAGAAGUUUUAAAUUAUGUUGAACCUAAUAUAUCUGGUAUAUCUCCUUUGUCUAUUUCAAGUUCAAGUAAUAAUAACAAAACAAGUCACAUGUGUAAUCCUGACACUACUGAACAGUCUGCAAAUAAGUUCUCAAAACAUGCUAAUGGAGAGAGUUCAGAAUUGUCUCGGACAAACCACGAUAGCAGUCUCCUUCACGAGUCUCUUAUGGGAUCAGAUGGAAUUCCUGUUUUCAAGAUUGCAGCAUUUCCAUCUGAGGAGCUGAACACAAGUAACGUAGGUGACCAGGACUGUGACGUUUCCAGAGCAGCGAAGGAAAAUUCACAUAUUGGACAUUUCAAUAAUUUUAAUAGUGAAAAUAACAGGGAAGAUGAUGUGGGCUCGGAAGAGAGUUUGACUCCAGCUACAGAGAAAACCAGUAAAGGAUGCUGGAGCCGAGGUCUAAUAACAAGUAAUGAAGAUAUUCAGACUGUCCAGCUUGUAAAUGCUCCAAGUGCUGAAGCCAAAUUAACCAAAAGGAAAAUUUCUUUGGGGAGUGGUUUAAGAAAACGAGCAAGUGAGAUUCAAGAUUCACAAGGAACGCCACCCAAGAAAACUAAAGUUAAUUCUUUAGGACCAGCUGCCUAUGAUUAUAUUCAUGGCAAACCAGUGAAGAAGCCAUCUAGUCCCUUUAUUCUUUAUUCAAGAGAUAUAAGAGCUCAAGUGUUAUCUGAAAACCCUGGAACAGACUUUGCUUUCAUCGCAAAAGAGAUGGCUGAUAGAUGGAAAGCUUUAGACUCAGAGACAAAAUGUUUUUAUACUGAACAAGCAAAGAUUGAGACAGACAAAUACCAAGAGGAAGUCAGGAAAAUUCGAGAAAAUAGAGGCUUGAACACUACAUUAAAUUCCCCAUCAAUUAAAACUAAGGCAUCACUUGACAGGUACCUUGCUCCCCUGACUCCUCAGCUGGCCAAGGGUGAAGGAAAGAAUAUCCGUAGGAAGCCACUUGAGUCAAAAAAACCUUGGCGAGAACAUAGUAAAGAAAUUAAUGUAACAAUAGACAAUAUCAAGGAGCUACUGAAGAGGAAACCCUCAGACUGUAAUUCAAAGAACUCGACAAGGCUUCUUGGUCCAUUGAAUGCAUGCAGAGGUUGGCUGUGCUCAUGGGAUAGAAAUAUCGUUGCAUUGAACACGUUUAGACUGUACGAAACUGUUCUUGUUAAUAAUCUUAUGAAGACUUUUCGUCUUCCUGUAAAAGAACUUGCUGAUUCUAUAUCGUUUAAUUCCAGCACACUUGGACCAGAGAGCUGGAACCUGCUGCUAAAGCUACAGCGAGAACUGGUGCCUGACUGCAAUAAAUACUUGGUUACAGAUUGUAGAUUUGUGUACAGUGGUUUUAAAAUAGAGCUCUAUCCUGGUGCCAGUAGCAGUACUGUUAUAUCUCAUGGGGAAAUCAUUGGGAUGACUGAUGUUGUGGGCUUCUAUGGGAUUUAUGACUUCAAAGAGCUACUAGCUUCCUUAGUUAAAUGUCCAUCUGCUACCAUCGAUCAAACACGCCCGCUGAAAUUACAGCAGUGGAUAAAGGGAGAAGCAGUAAGAAUAAUUCGCUCUGGGCCAAAUCUCGCAAGACGUGAAGAUGUACUGGAAAGGCUAGAAAAGUUGCACGUCAUAAAGGAUAGUUUUGAUGACAGCAACAGGUGGUCGUGGCAACAACAGAAGUGCAUCCAUGAAAAACCUAUUUUCACACCACUUUAUUCUUUAGAUGAUCUGCCUCAGUCUCAGUCACAACACAAUGCUGGAUCACAACCCUGAACUGUUGCCACCUAUAACACCACAACUUUAAAGACAAUCAUGUAUGCAGAAUGAAGUUCAAUUUACCUGGUGUUGAUUUUAAGAGUUGUAAUCUUUAAGCCCGGCCCGAAGAUCAGGUUACCCCUGGCGAUAACCUGAUUAGCAAGGCUGCUUCUGGUAGCAGCCCCACACAGCCAUCACUAAACAGCUGAGUGAAAUGUCAUGAAAAUCAAGCAAAUUUUUUGUUUAGUGGUCUAUUUUUCAAAUGCCAUACUUGGAAGUGAUUACCAUAAGAGUAUUUCAUAUAAUUUUCUUGAAAUGCAAAUAUAUAUGGUAAUUUACAUAUUGGCAACAUCUGUAAUAGUUAUACAGUAACCCAACUUCCAGGAUGUAUUAGUGGAGAAUACCGAGCCGAAUAUACCCUCAUUACCUAAACAGAGUUAGGUAAUGAGGGUGAGUAUACUGCAUGUAGUUUUAAAGCAGAUAUAUUUUAAACAACGUUGUGUUAAAAAAAUUAUUUUAUAGUAACUAUUAAGGUAACAAGAAUUUAAUGUUUUUUAUAUAUAUACUGUAAUCUUUUAAAGAAAAAUUACUUGUUA